AUGUCAUAUGCUUUUGUAGAAAAUAUUGCAAUAAACAAAACGGCAUGGCAGCAAUAUAAUUAUAGCAGUAGUAGAUGGGGAACUGAACUUGCAGUGGAUGGAAAGAAAUCGGAUUUGUCUGCUAGUGGAGGACAGUGUGCAGUAUCAAGGGGAAGACCAACGGCAGAAUGGCGGGUAGAUCUUGGAGAAGUUCACAGUAUACACCAUAUGUUUAUUCAGUACAGGACGGAGAAUGCACCUUGGGAUAACAAUAACGUUUUAAGUGGAACAUUUCUGGGAUUUUCUGUUUACAUAUCAAAUACCACUAUUAAAGAGAAUGGAACUCUGUGUUUCAAAGAUACGAACUUUACAAGAUCUACCAUACCAAAUCCCAUUAAUAUAACCUGUCUUGAGCACGGUCGAUACGUCAUAUAUUACAACAACAGAACUCAUCCUCCCUAUCCUGAUGGCUAUACUAGUGGCGCUUUUAGUGACCUCUGUGAAGUAGAAGUGUAUGGUUGCCAAGAAAAAGGAUAUUAUGGAGAGGACUGCUCCAUACCGUGUCCUAAGAACUGUCAGGAUGGUCACUGUCACAUUGUGGAUGGAACAUGUCUGGGUUGUUCUGCUGGGUAUAAAGGUGCAACAUGUGAAAACGAAUGUAGUAUUAACACUUAUGGAUUGGAGUGUCAGUGGAUAUGUGGUAACUGUAGGGACAACGGACCUUGUGAUAUCAAGAACGGAAACUGUCUAAAUGGCUGUGAAAGAGGAACACAGGGAAUCAAGUGUGACGUAGCAUGUCCUGAUGGUCAAUAUGGCUACAACUGUCAGGAAAAAUGCAACGUAAACUGUGGAGUCCCUUAUAAGUGUGACAGAAUCACAGGCCUUUGUAAAGAAGGAUGUCAAGUUGGAUGGAAAGGCAUCACAUGCAAUGAAAAAUGUGAUGAAGGUAAAUUCGGUCAACACUGCAACCAAUCAUGUGGCCACUGCCUUAACAAAGAACAAUGCCAUUUUAUUAAUGGUACUUGUUUAAAUGGAUGUGAUAGUGGUUACUAUGGCAGUGAAUGCACGGAAGCUUGCAAUAGCAACACAUAUGGACAACUUUGCUCACUCACUUGUGGAAACUGUCUUUACACGUAUGGAGAACAGUGCCAUCACGUGACUGGUCAAUGUCCACGCGGAUGUGACUUUGGUUUCCAGGGAUAUCGUUGUAAUCAAGCUCAUACAACUUCAACAUUAGAGACACAACCAUAUGCGGCUCUUUUCGCCUGUGCUACAUUAUUAGUCCUGAGUGUUUUCGUAAAUGCAUUUUUUAUCAUGAGGUAA